AUGGCGAAAGGCCGUGGGCGCACAGGUGCGCGCAAUCAAGCAAAGGGCCCGGGUGCGAGACAGUCCAAGGUGAGCGCCCAAGACGAUAUUCCCAUGGACGACGUGGACCGCUUUGACGCGGCGCGCGAUAAAAUUUUGCUCGACGACGCACAAUACGAGCCCGACGCAGAAGAGGACGAUUUCGGAGCCAAUGACCGCGAGGUGCUUGGCUUUGGCAAGGACCGAUACGAGGACGAUGAGGAGGACGAGGAUGAGGAGGAUGAGGAUGAGGAGGAGGACGAAGACGACGAGGAGGACGACGAGGGCGAGCUUAACGACGACGAUGAGCGCUACCGCACGAUGCAUAUUCCCGAGCCUAUUGCGCGCGCUGCCAAUCGCCGUGCGCCGCGCGAUGAUGCAAAGGAAUCGGAUGACGAGAACGACGACGAGGAGUCGGAAGAGGAGGACCUCGGCUGGGGCGCCAACAAGCGCUCAUACUACAGCGGCAACACGGCCGAGGACCUCGAGUCUGACUCGGAGAUUGACGAAGAUAAAGCACACGAGCUGGAGACGAACGAGGCGAUCCGUCUGCAGCGUCAGAGCCGUGCCGGCAUGAACGACGACGAGUUCGGCCUGGAGAACAUUGACGCAGUCGAGGCGCAGAUGAAUGCAGACGAGCAGAGUGCUGCCGCGCGUGCCAAGCGCAAACGCGAGUUGGACGGUGUGGCAAACAUGCCCACCGCAGCAUCAAUUGAAACGUCGCCCGAGGAGCUGGUCGCCAAGCUCCAGAUCCGUGCGCCAAUUGUCCUUGCGCUUGUCGACGAGUUUGGCGGUGUACUCAAGCAGCUGCGUGAGACACAGGAAUACGUCGCGCAUGUGUCGGAGCAUGGCGAGCGCCAAGUCGCCGAGAUUGCGCACCUAUACUAUCAGACACUCUCCUCCUACACCAUGCUCCUUGCCUUUUUCUUCCAGCUUGCCUCGGUACCCGAGAUGGCCGCCGAGCCCGAGCGGCUCCUUACCCACCCCGUCAUGGAGCGCCUGAGCCAGUUCAAAAAAGCGCUCGUCGAGAUGAAGGCGCUAGGCCUCUUUGACCCAGAGGACCUGGGCGACGAGGACGAGCGAGAAAUGGCGGGCAUCAUGGGCCCGCCCACCGACGAGGACCUCGAGUACGAGCAGCUGGGCGACCUCGAGUCGGGCGAGCUGGACGACCUGAUUGAGGACGAGAAGGAGAACCAGCAUGUAUACGAACAGCGCCCUGCUUCCCCCCAGCCGAAGCCUGCCAAGCGCCGCAAGUCGAAGAAGGCGGCCGAGGCGCCCGCGCCCGAGCCCGCGCCGCUUGCGGCGGUCGCUGCGGUGGGUGCUGCGGUUCCUCGCCCAAAGCGGUCUACGCCUAAAGAGUCGCUCGAGAGCGCAGACGCCUAUGGCGAGCCGACGCAGAUGCGCAAGAGCGAUGCGCAAGAAAAAGCGCAGCGCAAGCGCGACGUGAAAUUCCACGCCGAUGCGUCGGUCGAUGUGAACGGCCCUGUGAAGGCCAACAAGCUCGAGGGCGACGCCGAUAUCCCGUACCGCGACCGCCAGCGCAGCCGCGAUGCAGUGGCGGCUGCCAAGAGCAGCAAGGCGGCGAAGGCCAAGGCGCUGAGCCAGGACACGUCACUGAACGAUACCGAGUGGGGCGAGGGCGACUGGCGCGACCGCCAGGCAGUAAUGGGCGGCGAACGCAGCGCUGCCAAGGAGGCCGAGGACGACGAUGCGGCGUACUACGACCUAAUUUCGUCGAACAAGCGCGCAAAGAAGUCGAACAAGAAGCAAGAGUACGACGAGCAGCGCCUCGCGAGCCGCGUGUACGACGACGAGGAGCUUGCCCCUGGCGAGCACCGCUUGAUCGACCGCACCAUCGAGAAGAACAAGGGUCUCACGCCGCACCGCCCCAAGAGCGUGCGCAACCCCCGUGUGAAGCGCCGCAUGAAGUUCGACAAGGCCAACAAGCGCCUGUCGAGCACGCGCGCGGUGUACAAGGGCGGCCAGAACGCGCUGCAGGGCGGAUACCAGGGCGAAAAGAGCGGUAUCUCGACGCACCUGGUCAAGAGCCGCAAGCUCGGCAGCUAG